CCCCUGUGCACUGACACGGCACUGAGCUGCUGCUCCACAGUGUUCGUCACAACAACAUCCCAGCUCGUGCGUUGCCUCUGUCCUUGUGUCACCAAAUUCUCCUCCUUCUCUCGUAUUCUCUUUCUGCAGACUCACACAUCAAGGACGAACACCUUCUAACACUGAAGAAUAACCGGAGUGGAUGAGAGCAGCGUACCUGGUUUCACUCAGAGCUGGCAUCGUCUUCAAAGGAGAAACUCAGAUAGAUACAGAGAAAAUGAACAAGAUAUUAUUAGGGCUGAUGGUUCUUGCCGGAACCAUUGCUUUGAAUUGUGGUGCCAUUCAGAGGCCUGACUACGACAACACACCUGACCCAGAAUUUCUGAACCCUUCCUGGAUGGCAAGCAUCCCUGAUAUCCAACCGCUGUCUGAGGUCACCAUGCCAGGAACCCACAACACUAUGGCCCUGUAUGGCGGCGUGUAUGCCGAGUGCCAGACAUGGAGCUUGGCAUCCCAGUUGAAUGCUGGCAUCCGCUUCCUAGACAUUCGUGUGUGUCACAUCAACGGGAACCUCACCAUCCACCACGGAGUAUCCUAUCAGCGGGCGCACUUUGGUCAUGUACUGGAGGGUGUGGCUGAUUUUCUCUACGAGUAUCCAAGUGAGACUGUGCUGAUGAGGGUCAAGGAGGAGUUCAGUGAGACAAAUGACAUCUACGGUGCUGUGGUGAGCUACAUCCACCGAUAUGCUCAUUGGGACCUGCUGUGGCACAGCCAGCUUGUGCCAACCAUGGGAGAGGCCAGAGGGAAGGUCAUCCUGCUGCAAGACUUUGUUGGGCCAAAUUUAUGGAUGCGUUAUACAUCUUUGGACAUAGCUGAUGAUUGGAAGGUGCCUACACUGCUGCAUGUGGAGGAUAAAUGGAAAAGCGUAUAUGAUCACCUGGAGGUCGCACCUGUAGGAGAUAUGAACCAGAUCUACCUCACCUACAGCAGCGGUUCCGGUUUAUUUGCACACCCCAGAGCCGUCGCACAGCAGAUCAAUCCCAAACUCUACAAGUACCUGAGAUCCAAGAUAGGGUUGAACCAGCGCUUUGGAAUCAUAUGCAUGGACUUUCAAGGUGCACCUCUGAUUCAAAUGAUCAUUGAAUUCUCGCUAACACAAGACAGAAAGAAACGACAGGUGAUAGAUCGCGUUCUCAACAAGGCUGGUUUAGAAAAUGCAACACUUCAUUAAGUAAAACAAUCAGGUUGUU